UUAAACAUCUAGUUUCAAAACCGAAUAGGCUGUUUCAGGUCAAGGUUUUUAAUGAAUACAUAUUAAGUUAAUACGUUAAUAAUACGCUGUUGAAUCGGGUGUUUCAUAUCAUGUAUUGUGUAAAUCCUGGAAGUUUACAUUUUCGUUUUGUUCAUUGUUCACGGCAUGCACUUCUGGGAAAUCGACAGCGUCGGCGUUAAGCGCGUGACCUAACAAAAAAGAGAGAUCGAUCUCGGUACACAAUGGGUCGUGCACACGAAAAGCGCUCACUGAACCUGCAGGGAUUUCAAACCAAAACUCAGUCUGUCACGAUGCUGCGGGCAUUACUCUUGGUGACUCUGGCAUUUUCCUACGUAUCUGCCUCAGUGUUCAUAAGGAAGGAUGACGCGCACGUGCUGCUGCACCGCUCGAGGCGCGCGAACUCGGGGUUUCUCGAGGAGAUGAAACAGGGAAACCUGGAGCGCGAGUGCGUCGAGGAAAUCUGCGAUUACGAGGAGGCUCGUGAGGUGUUUGAGGACGACGCCAAAACGAAGCAAUUCUGGAUGACAUACAAUCGUCGUGAUCCCUGCCUGGACAAUCCCUGUAAAAACAACGGGACGUGUAUUUACAUGGAGAACUCCUACCAGUGCCAGUGCCCAGAAGGCUUCGAGGGGAAGUACUGCCAAGAAGUGUUUGAGGACACCCUGAAGUGCCUGUACCGGAACGGGGGGUGUGAGCAGUUCUGCAACGCCACUGGGCCACGGCGCAGGUGUGCCUGUGCUGAGGGCUAUGCGCUCGGGGACAACGGAAAGGACUGUGUGCCUCAGGUGCUGUAUCCCUGCGGUAAGAUCCCUCUGCUGUCUGUGGAGAAUCAGACAGCCCAAGCAACCGUCAGAAUUGUUGGUGGAAACCAAUGUCCCCGAGGUCACUGUCCCUGGCAGGUUCUCUUGGAGCACAAGGGCAAGAGCCUAUGCGGAGGGGUGAUAGUUCGGCCUGACUGGGUCAUCACUGCUGCCCAUUGUGUGCACAACAGAGACAUUACUGACUUCAAAGUGGUUGCAGGGGAGCACGACCUGAGCGUGCCGGAGGACUCGGAGCAGCGGAGUUCCGUUGCCCAGGCGAUCGCUCACGAGCGGUACGACGCGGCGUCGGGCGACAGCGACAUCGCGCUGGUGCGGCUGCGGGAGCCCGUGGCGUUCUCGGCGAUGGCGGCGCCCGUGUGCCUGCCGGAGCGCGAGUUCUCCCUGCGCGAGCUCUCCGCCGCGCGCCUCUCCACGCUCAGCGGCUGGGGCGGGCUGACCGCGGGGGGGAACGCCCCGCCCCCCGGCCCCGCCCGCCCGGUCUCGCCCGUGCUGCGGCGGCUGGAGGUGCCGCUGGUGCCCGCGGCGGAGUGCGGGCCGAAGAGCGGCGUGAACCUGACGCAGAGCAUGUUCUGCGCGGGCUACCUGCACGGCCUGCAGCCCGCCUGCCGGGGGGACGACGGCAGCCCGCUGGUCACGCAGUACCGCGGCACCGCCUUCCUCACCGGCCUGGUGGGCUGGGGCCGCGGCUGCCAAACACCCGGGUACUACGGCAUCUUCACCCGCGUCGACCACUUCCUGCCCUGGCUGCACGAGACCAUGAGCACCCCUCAGCCCCGCUCCCAGCCCCUCCCCCAGCCGGACGUGGGCCUCGAGCAGAUGCAGGUGUAAACAUGUACGCCGGUUUGCCAUGUGCUCAGGAGACGAUCUCGCUGAAUUGGAUGACGGAAGGAACACUUGCACACUGUCAGAAUUUUACACACAAACAGGAAAUAAACUGGCUAACUUCUGCAGGAACUCUCCGGAUCAUUGCCAUUCUAGUGUGUGUCCAGUCCUUUAUGAGACCACUGGUUCAAUUAAAAACGACUUAAAAGCUGAUGGUAACAUCAAUAAACCCACAGGUUUAUUUUAUACCUUGAA